ACAAACUCAAGUACCAUCUCGGACUCCUCCACCCAACCAAUUAAACCCCAUUUUCCAGGCCUUCUUCUCCUCCUUCCUCCGUUCCUGCAAACCCUAGCCCCAAAAAACACGCACAACACACAGUCCUCCUGCACCCCUGUUAUGUUGUACUCUAUGCCUUUCACAUAGUUCACUCCAGAAUCAUACAGAAAAAGAAGAAAUGGCAUUAAUAGGCGAUGCUUUGCGGCAAGCAUUCAUGCCCAAGUACGAGUACCAGAGUCUUCGCGAAGAAGACAAGGCCUGGCAUAAAUUACAACGUCCAUUAGCGUUAUUUUUGCUGGGUUUAAUUUCUGUUGUGAUUUUGAUUUCCACUAUUAUUAGCUUGAAUAUAGUUUUUCCGAUUGAUCCCUUGAACCGCCCGUUUUGUAAUGACCUAAGAAUUCAGCCUCUUCCGAUUAAUGUAACUUCCCCCGCGGCUGUUCAUGGCGGAAGUGGCGGUGGUGGGGAUUCGGAUCUUUUUCCUGGCGCGUUUUAUCUCACGGAUCAGGAGACUGUGGACUACUAUUGGAUGGUGGUGUUUGUCCCCUCGGCUUUUCUUUUCGGGGCUUCUGUAGUUUAUCUUCUUGCAGGAAUCAUUGUUGCUUAUACUGCUCCAGUAAGACAUGGAUGCUUGAGGGUUGUCGAGAAUAAUUACUGUGCUUCUAGAAGGGGUGGAGUGCGCUGUCUGUCCAUUUUAAAUCUUGCAUUUGCAAUCAUUUUUGGUCUCCUUGCUCUGUUUCUUGGUUCAACCCUUCUUACGCUGGGGAGCAGAUGCUCUGUGCCCUUGUUUUGGUGCUAUGAGACUGCAUCUUGGGGGCUUGUCAUUUUAUAUGGGGGAACUGCAUUCUUUUUAAGGAGAAAAGCUGCUGCAGUUCUUGAUGAAAGUAAUUUUACGGGGCAGAAUCUUGGUGUAGAAAUGCUUGAAGCACACCCACUUGAAGUCACACCUGAAGUGGAGAGACGUGUCAAUGAAGGUUUUAAGGCGUGGAUGGGCCCAUCUUUAUUAUCAUCUGAUGAGGAAGAUGAACCUGAUGACUAUCAGGAAGUUCCAAAUUUGUCAAGGACCAAUUCUGCCCGGCAAAGAGUGUAAAGAUGAUCUUUUACUAACACCAUUUUAACUUGGCCACUAUCCAGCAUGUGCCUGGAAAUUUUGGCACUGAUUGAGCAUCAUGGGAAUCCUAGUCUUUUUCCUGGAUGAUGUGCUCAAGCUAAUGGUACAGCAUCAAUGUUGACACGAGGUUGUCAUGCUGCUAAAGUAGUCGGUUUUUUGGUAAUACCCAUAGUUGUGUACAAAAUUAGCAAAGUUGUACAGACCUACUUGCUUUGAAUAUACAGAAAGAAAGCAUGUGUUUUAAUGUGCAGCUGUGUUAGCAGUGCUAGGCUUCUGUUUAGGGCUGAAUCAGCUCUAACUUGGCAAUUAUAAUGGAUAGUGUGCCCCUGGCAUUCUGGAAUGCCAGAGUUGCAAGGCUAAAUGGUAUUUAGAGGUUAGAACUGAUAACAGCUUUGCAAACUGGUAGUUUUCUCAUGUCAGUAUCAUGAUGUUGAGGUUUUUGUACUUCUACCAUAUGAUGCUUCUCUUCAAUGGGACAGUGGCCUAAGUGCAGGAAGGUCAAUGUUGCCGAA